UAUUUUACUAUAUUCGUGUAAACUAUUAGACGUGUAAACAAGAGAGCACGAAACAAUUUGUUGUGAGAAUUCCAACUUUUUACUUUAUGUUGGGCAUUAUGACGCAACAGAAGGAAGAAAAUAACUUUAUUGCAUGGAGUGACUUGAUUGAGCGUCGUUUCGAAGAACAGACAACUGAACGUGAACUUGUCAAAAUUCUGCAUAUCGGUGACGUCACAGACCAUGACGUAGCAGACAUUCGAGUCGGUGACGAAAUACUUAUUGGUGACGUAACAAUUAAGAACGUUCGGUUACGUUUGUAUAAGGGAACAGAGCAAUCUCUAAGUGACAGCAUCGAGCUUUCAGUAAAAAGUGACAUCAAGUUCAUGGUCUGCCCAUAUUUUCCUGACUCGCAUGUGUUCGAUUCCGUUGGUGAAGUAAUUGACGUUUACCCCGCCGUUAAGUGUCGUGUAUAUCCAGUUACGUCGUUCUGUGUAAAGGUUGAUGGGCAACAAGUAGAAGUACAAGCAUUUGAAGAACUCAACAUUAUAAAACCUGUGCUUGGUUCUUCAGAAGAUUUUCUCGAGGUUUGUCUCGUAAGAAACUUGAAACAUCUUCUUCUAUCAGCGGAUCUUAGCGUUCAGUUCAUUCAAAAAAGGCCGAACAUAUUAGGGGAUGAAUUGAUAAAACCAGAAGAUCAAAAACUUUACAACCUUUUUGAACUUGCUACAGAGAUAUGGUCACCUGAUCGCAGACCACUAAGGGUGAAGUUCCCAUUACAAAAUGUGGUGGAACAAAACCAAGCAGCCGUCAAGAAGUCAUCACUUUGGAGCAUGGGGUGGAAACGGAACAAGAAAGAAGGGAUUUGUCCAUCCGUGACACCUCGUCAACGAACCAACGAAUUAAACCUCAUUCCUGACACUUGGUGGAGCAGUGUGAUGGUGAUUGAACCUUUCCUAUUGGUCGAUGUAAUCAGCACAACUGUGACAUCACGGAAUUUUCCGCUGAGAGCCGAUCUUGAUAUAACAGUUACAGAGAUGGUUUCGACGAAUAUAAAACCACAUUGUGAUGUCAUAAGUGACUCUCCGACAGUGGCGCUACAUAUGUUGGAUUUAUACUCGUUGCUUGGCAACAGUAACCGAGAAACUGCCAUAGUUGUCAUGGUGAUCAACCAACCAAACGGGAAGAAUCCUUUACAGAGAUCUACAUCCUGCCAGUGGGUGGCGCUACACAGCACACGGAAAGUUCCCAAACUAUUGAUGACAUCACAAGACAACCAGCAUUAUCUUGUAUCGAGUGAAUAUAAUGGCAGAUUUAACAAGGUUUACCCCAGAGUAGCAGACGUACCAAUAACAAAGGAGAGACCCCUUCUAUAUAUUGGUGCUUCAGAUGAUUCCGGGAACUUUCUUGACUCAUGUUUCGAAGGACAAUAUGUUCGUUUCUUUCAUAUGAAUGAAGUGACGGAAUAUGGGAAGAUAUGCAAGUACGCGACGUGCUUGGUCCUGGACACUCCUACUGACCGUGGAAGUCCCGCUACUUUCCCCAUGCAUCUACGUGGUGAGUUCCGCUCUGUCGAUCGUGCGGAACUCCGAACACGUGACUUGCACACCAGCCACCUACCAGUAACGGUUUAUGUUCAACAUCAAGAUAAUAAUUUACAUUUUGAUCCGUUGGCUGGGAAAACUUUGACAGUGGAGAAAGUUAUUGAAGACACUGUGGUCACUCUGGAAAAAAUUCUCAAAAUUGAUAAAAAACUUCAGCCACGUGGUGGGGCAAUGGUAGAGGUAGCAGCACACAGAUCUGAACUGGUGUUCAUGAAAACUGAGGGUACAGAGUUCGCAUCCUACCCAAGGAAGACAAAAUUUACAAAUGUUGAAAGAUUGCCAUUUGUUGAAGUUUUGUCCAAUCGCGAUGUGGCAGAUAUGCAAAAUUUAUCUUUUCAAAAGUUUUCUCCAAAUAAUAGUACAGCCCCUCUGAGACCCCCUAUGCCUAAACAGUAUCUACGCAAAUGCAAAUACUCAAUACGCCGGACAAAAAAGAAGCAAAAAGACAUUUCCGCUGAAAAUAUUUUGGCAGAAAAACUGAAUUCAAUCACUUUAGCGAAAAACAACAGCAAAAAUAAAAUUCCCCCCCAAAAAAGUUCCAGCGAAAGUAAAAAUUAUCCUGUUCCAAACCAUGGGGGAAAAUUCGCUGCUUUUUCUGAAAACGGGGGUUCUCAAUUGACCCCCAAGUCACCACCAGUGCGACCAAAACCUGUACGUCACCAAUGGCAAGAAAAACCACCCGUACCAAAUCGCAGGCAUUGUAAUUCUGUGCCAGAAGAAGAUUGCUACACCCCAAUGUCAAGUCUAUCAUUAGAUAAACCACUUGAUUCGAAGCCACAUUAUACAAAGAUAAUACGACGUAGUAAUUACCCAACUGACCAAACCAAGUUUGACUUUAAACUGAGCAACAGAGAUCACCCACAUUCGAAGUCGGAAGAAAUGCAUUUAUCUUCCAAGCCCCUGUUCCAAGGCCCAGAGCUCUUACUAUGAGUCCAAGCUACAUAAACCACAGCAGUUUAAA